CGGAGGGGGGUGGGGGCGAGCGGGCGGGCGGGCAGCGCGGGGCCGGCCAUGGCGCUACCGCCGCCGCAGAAGGAAAUCGUCUACAACAAACUACUGCCCUACGGAGAGCGCCUGGAGGCCGAGGCGGCCCGCUUCCUCGCGCAGAUCAAAGGCAACCUGGCGCGGGCCGUGCAGCUGCAGGAGCUGUGGCCCGGGGGGCUGUUCUGGACCAGGAAACUCUCCACGUAUAUCCGGCUGUAUGGGAGAAAAUUUAGCAAAGAAGAUCAUGUGCUUUUUAUCAAAUUGUUGUAUGAGUUGGUAACAAUCCCGAAGCUGGAGAUCAGCAUGAUGCAAGGUUUCGCACGCCUGUUGAUAAACCUGUUAAAGAAAAAAGAACUGUUGUCCAGGGAUGAUUUGGAGUUACCGUGGAGACCGCUUUGCGAAAUGUUGGAAAGGAUAUUAUACUCCAAAACGGAACAUCUUGGAUUAAAUUGGUUUCCUAAUUCAUAUCGACCAGGCAUGUCUUCACCUAAAACAUUUGUGCUUAAUGUAUUACAUAGGUGUUCUGUAGAAAGUGUUCUAAAAACGCUUGUGAAGAGCUGCAGACCGUAUUUUCCAGAAGAUGCCACUGCGGAGAUGCUAGAUGAAUGGCGGCCUCUAAUGUGCCCUUUUGAUGUUACCAUGCAAAAGGCUAUUACCUACUUUGAACUAUUUCUGCCUACUACCCUUCCUCCUGAACUUCACCAUAAGGGUUUCAAACUUUGGUUUUCUGAAUUUAUAGGCCUUUGGGUUUCUGUUCAAAAUCUUCCCCAGUGGGAAGGGCAUCUGGUAAAUCUUUUUGCUCGCUUGGCCACUGACAACAUAGGGUACAUUGACUGGGAUCCAUAUGUACCAAAGAUUUUUACCAGAAUUUUGAGGAGUUUAAAUCUUCCUGUGGGAAGUAAUCAAGUUGUGGUUCCAAGAUUCUUAACAAAUGCUUACGACGUAGGACAUGCAGUAAUGUGGAUCACAGCCAUGAUGGGUGGACCAAGUAAACUAGUGCAGAAGCACUUGUCUGGGUUGUUCAACAGCAUUGCUUCUUUUUACCAUCCCUCAAAUAAUGGACGUUGGCUGAACAAACUGAUGAAACUACUUCAAAGGUUACCCAGCAGUGUUGUCAGAAGGCUGCAUCGUGAGCGCUACAAGAAGCCGACUUGGUUAACUCCUGUGCCUGAUAGUCAUAAACUUACAGAUCAGGAUGUUACAGACUUUGUAGAAUGCAUUAUUCAGCCUGUUCUUCUGGCUAUGUUUAGUAAAACUGGAAGUCUGGAGGCUGCCCAAGCCCUGCAGAACCUUGCACUGAUGCGUCCUGAGUUAGUAAUUCCACCCGUACUUGAGAAAACAUAUCCUGCACUUGAGACAUUGACAGAACCUCAUCAGCUCACGGCUACUUUAAGCUGUGUAAUCGGAGUAGCUCGUAGUCUGGUAUCUGGUGGGAAGUGGUUUCCUGAAGGUCCAACACACAUGCUACCUCUACUGAUGAGAGCUUUGCCUGGAGUGGAUCCAAAUGACUUCAGCAAGUGCAUGAUUACAUUCCAGUUUAUUGCAACGUUUUCUACUUUGGUGCCUUUAGUAGAUUGUUCGUCCGUGUUGCAAGAAAGGGAUGAUCUUUCAGAGGUGGAAAGAGAAUUGUGCUCUGCAACAGCAGAAUUUGAAGAUUUUGUGCUACAGUUUAUGGAUAGGUGUUUUGGACUGAUAGAGAGCAGCACGCUGGAACAGACGCGAGAAGAGACUGAAACAGAGAAAAUGACUCAUCUAGAGAGUUUAGUUGAAUUAGGCCUAUCUUCUACCUUUAGUACAAUCCUUACUCAGUGCUCGAAAGAUAUAUUUAAGGUUGCCUUGGAGAAGGUUUUCAACUUUGCCAUUUCAAAUAUAUUUGAGACAAGAGUUGCUGGUCGAAUGGUUGCAGAUAUGUGUCGAGCUGCAGUAAAAUGCCGUCCAGAGGAAUCCUUGAAACUGUUUGUACCACAUUGCUGCAAUGUUAUAACUCACCUCACAGUCAAUGAUGAUGUGUUACGUGAUGAAGAACUAGAUAAGGAGCUACUUUGGAAUCUUCAGCUUUUGUCAGAGAUCACUCGAGUGGAUGGAAAGAAGUUGCUACCAUACAGGGAGCAGCUUGGGAACAUUCUGCAGCGAACCCUACAUUUAACCUGUAAGCAGGGUUACAUUCUGUCUUGUAACCUACUGCAUCAUCUUCUUCGUUCUGCUACACUUAUCUACCCCACAGAGUACUGCAGUGUGCCAGGUGGCUUUGACAAGCCUCUUUCUGAAUACUUUCCUAUCAAGGACUGGGGUAAACCAGGUGACCUGUGGAACUUGGACAUCCAGUGGCAUGUUCCUUCAUCUGAGGAAAUAAACUUUGCUUAUUAUUUGUUGGACACUUUUCUUCAGCCUGAGCUCACCAAACUACAGCACUAUGCAACUGGAAAACUAGAAAUGUCCAGAGAUGACGUGCAACAGUGUCUUGCCAUCGUGCAUAACUGCUUGAUUGGCUCUGGGAAUAUUCUGCCGCCGCUGAAAGGAGAAAGGGUAGCUCAUCUGGUACCAAGUCUGGUAUCUUUGGAAGAGACAAAACUGUACACAGGUGUUGAUUAUGAUUUAUCAAGAGAGAAUUAUCGUGAAUCUAUUGCAAGGGUUACAAGGAAAUUGUUGCGUUACAUACUUGAUAAUUCAGAAGAUGAUACCAAAUCUUUAUUUCUAAUAAUAAAGAUAAUUAGUGAUGUUUUGCAGUUCCAAGGGUCUCACAAACAUGAAUUCGAUUCCCGAUGGAAAAGCUUUAAUCUAGUGAAAAAAUCAAUGGAGAACAGGCUUCAAGGAAAGAAACAGCAUAUCCGAGCUUUGCUGAUAGACAGAGUUAUGUUGCAGCAUGAGUUGAGAACACUAACCAUGGAAGGCUGUGAAUAUAAAACCUCCCACCAGGAGAUGAUCAGAGAUCUUCUUUGUUUGUCCACAAGUUCAUAUGGUCAGGUCAGAAGUAAAGCUCAGCAGGCAUUCUUCACAGCACUGGGAACAUACAAUUUCUGUUGCAGAGAUAUCAUUCCCUUGGUUUUGGAGUUCUUGCGUCCAGAUCGGCAAGAUGUCACUCAACAGCAAUUCAAAGGUGCCUUAUAUUGUCUUCUUGGAAAUCACAGUGGAGUAUGUUUGGCAAAUCUUCACGAUUGGGACUGCAUUGCUCAAACAUGGCCAGCAAUUGUUUCUUCUGGGCUUAGCCAAGCGAUGUCCUUGGAAAAACCAUCCAUAGUGAGACUUUUUGAUGACCUAGCGGAAAAAAUCCACAGGCAGUAUGAAACCAUCGGAUUGGAUUUUGCAGUUCCAGAGAAAUGUAUUCAAAUUGCUGUCAUGCUGCAGAGAUCAGAACAUCCCAGUUUAGAUCUCGCACCGCUUUGUUCAGAAGAAAUGCAGUUAGGGAUUCAGCGGCAGAAAGAAAAGAAUGCUGAGGCUCUGCGAAACUAUGAAAACUUGGUCAACAUGCUGUUGGACUGCGUGGAACAAAGAAAUCUUCCCUGGAAGUUUGAGCACAUCAGUAUUGGCUUUCUGUCCCUGCUCCUGAGGGAUGAUAGGAUACUGCCUGUCCGUGCCAUAAGAUUUUUUGUGCAGUGUCUCAACCAUGAUGCAAUUGUAGUUCGUAAGGUGGCUAUCUCAGCUGUGGCUGGUGUUCUUAAGCAGCUUAAGAGAACACACAAGAAAGUGCCCAUAUGCCCAUAUGAAAUAAGUGGAAACCCUAAGCCUUCAAGUAUUCAGGCUGGUGACAGGCUGGAUAACCAGUGGCUGCACUACGACAGUCAGAACUUACCAAAGACUAAGGAGGCGUGGGAGUCAUGCUGUUUUGUGGAGAAGACGCACUGGGGGUAUUACACCUGGCCUCAGUCUAUGACAGUUUAUGCUCCAGUUGAGCAGCAACCAAAGCUUGGUCGAAGAAGAGAUGAAUUGACAGAGGCAGAACAAAUUAUAUAUGAUCAUUUUUCUGAUCCCAAGUUUGUUGAACAGUUAAUAAAAUUUCUGUCUUUAGAGGACAGAAAAGGCAAAGACAAAUUUAACCCUCGCAGAUUUUGCCUCUUCAAGGGCCUUUUUAGAAACUUUGAUGAUGCCUUUUUGCCAGUUCUGCAGCCCCAUUUGGAACGCCUUGUGUCAGACUCCCAUGAAAGCACCCAGAGAUGUGUUGCUGAAAUUAUAGCUGGCUUGAUAAGAGGUUCUAAACACUGGACAUUUGAGAAGGUGGAAAAACUUUGGAAGCUUCUCUGUCCUUUGCUUCGAACAGCUUUAUCCAACAUUACAGUGGAAACAUACAAUGACUGGGGCACGUGCAUAGCAACCUCAUGUGAGAGCAGAGAUCCCAGGAAGCUGCACUGGUUAUUUGAAUUGCUGUUGGAAUCUCCAUUGAGCGGUGAAGGAGGAUCAUUUGUCGAUGCAUGCCGACUUUAUGUGCUACAAGGUGGCCUUGCACAGCAGGAAUGGCGAGUACCAGAGCUGCUGCACAGACUGUUAAAGUACUUGGAACCGAAACUCACCCAGGUUUACAAAAAUGUCCGAGAGAGAAUAGGAAGUGUUUUGACCUACAUAUUCAUGAUAGAUGUUUCCUUGCCAAAUACUGCUGCAACUAAGUCUCCUCGUGUCCAUGAAUUUACUACUCGAAUACUUGAAAAUCUUAAACCCUUAAUGGAAGCAGAUGAAGAAAUUCAGAAUCAUGUUAUGGAGGAGAAUGGAGUUGGAGAGCAAGACGAGCGAACUCAGGGCAUUAAACUCUUGAAAACAAUUCUGAAGUGGUUAAUGGCAAGUGCAGGACGGUCCUUCUCCACAGCUGUCACAGAGCAGCUCCAGCUUUUACCCUUAUUUUUCAAGAUUGCACCAGUGGAAAAUGACAAUAGCUACGAUGAACUCAAAAGAGAUGCAAAGAUGUGUUUAUCAUUAAUGUCUCAGGGUUUGCUGUAUCCUCAGCAAGUGCCUUUGGUACUUCAGGUGCUAAAACAAACAGCAAGAAGCAAUUCUUGGCAUGCUCGGUAUACCAUAUUAACCUACCUCCAGACCAUGGUGUUCUACAAUCUCUUCAUCUUUCUCAACAAUGAAGAAGCAGUCAAUGACAUUAGAUGGCUGGUUAUAAAACUCCUGGAAGAUGAGCAACUUGAAGUGAGAGAAAUGGCUGCUACCACACUAAGUGGUCUUCUACAGUGCAAUUUUCUCACUAUGGAUGGUCCCAUGCAGACCCACUUUGAACAGCUGUGCAAGAUGAGGUUACCAAAAAAACGGAAGCGAAACCUGGGUUCAGUUGUGGAUACGAUUCCUUCUGGAGACUUGGUGAAGCGCCAUGCUGGUGUGCUGGGACUCAGUGCAUGUAUUUUGUCAAGUCCAUAUGACGUACCCACCUGGAUGCCACAGCUCUUAAUGGACCUCAGCGCCCAUCUUAACGAUCCUCAGCCUAUUGAGAUGACUGUGAAAAAAACACUCUCAAAUUUCCGGAGGACCCACCACGACAACUGGCAGGAGCAUAAACAGCAGUUCACAGAUGACCAGCUACUAGUGCUUACUGACCUCUUGGUUUCACCGUGCUAUUAUGCAUAGAUUUCUCCUGGAAAAAAAAAAAAA